GAGAGAGAGAGAGGGAGGUUCAAUCUUUUCCAGUCCCAAACAUCCGCCAUGGACGAGGUAAGCUUUCCUUACCACGAGCAUCCCUUGCAUCGUUCAGGCGGGUUUGGUCUCCUUUGCGCCGGCUGCGUUAAAGUGGCUUACUCAUCCGAUGGCUACCGCUGUUCAGAGUGCUACGGUCACCGGUUCUUCCUUCACAAGGAAUGCGCCGAAUCUCCAUUGCAGAUCACCCUCUCUUCUCAUCCCCAACAUCCUCUCCACUUCAUUGGCACUUAUCAUGAUCACGAGAAAACCUGUCAUCUUUGUGGCGAUUACAUAUCGGAGGUCAGUUAUCACUGUUUUACAUGUCACAUCUAUGUUCACAUUGGUUGUGCAAGAGAUCCACCCAUGCCCGUUAUCAAAAACCCUAUGGAUCAUCGAGGUUUCCUCACCCUCGUGACACAGAUCAUGGGAUUCACCUGUGAUGUCUGCGGAGGUGAAUCCCACAGUUAUUGCUAUAUGUGCCAUCAUUGUUACUUCUUCUGCCACAUCGGCUGUAUCUCCCUCUAUCCAGAAAUAACCCACCCUUCCCAUCCACACCCUCUUAGGUUCCUCGAGAAUGGCGAACCUCAUUACAGUGAUGGCAAGUGUGGACUUUGUGGUGAAGAGUUUGAGAAUGGACGGCUUUAUCACUGUUCAGCUUGUAAUUACAGCUUGGAUCUGACUUGUGUAAAGUACCCACCACCACUUUCUUACGUAAGCCCUAAAACCCACGAGCAUGAACUCACCCUCUUGCCUGGAAACAUGAGCUUUACUUGUGACGCUUGUGGGGAGUAUGGAUAUAGGAGUCCAUAUGCUUGUCAUCAAUGUGACAUCAAAUUCCAUCAAACUUGCUUCGAUUUACCUCUUCUCAUCAACAAUAACCGUCACGAUCACCCCAUUCAUCGCACUUAUCUUUUUGAUCGCGGGUUAGAUUUGUUCUGCGGAGUUUGUCACGGCAAGCUGGAUGGACCCAGUGAAGCAUACGUUUGUGUUUCAUGCGAUAAUUUCGCUGUUCAUUCUAUUUGUGCAACGGGCUUCCGUGUGUGGGACGGGAGAGAACUCAAAGGGAAACCCGACGAAAUGGAAGAUACCGAGCCAUUCAGAGUUGUAAAUGGCAAUUUGAUAAACCAUUUCAGUCACGAAGAACACGAACUCAGGCUCAAGAACGAUGGCAAUGUCUGCCAGGACAACAUACACUGCAGAGCUUGUGUUCGUCCUAUUGAUACGGAUCCGUUCUACAGUUGUACACAAUGCGACUUUGUCCUUCACGAAACAUGUGCCAAUCUUCCUCGUACAAAGCGACAUCCCUUGUCUACCACAAAGCUUACUCUGACAAGCAGUGAAAAUUUUCCGGAAGGUUCUUUCACUUGUGAUGCUUGUAAGCGACACUCCUCCGGUUUCGGGUACUCCUCCGGUUCUCUCUGUUUCGAUGUACAAUGCAUCUCUAUUUCCGAACCACUAAACCAUGACAGUCACCCCCAUGCAUUGUACUGCUUUUCAGUGUGCUGCCCACUGGGUCGUGAUGAGUAUUGUAAUGCUUGCGGUAAAACUUGUCACUUAGGGUUUAGAUGCAACAUCCCGGAUUGUGACUUUGCUCUAGACUACGGUUGUGCCACUUUACCCAAAAUGGUAACCAGACGCGAGUCCAAUGAUCAUCCACUCUUCCUACGUUAUGGGGGAAACGUAUCUGUUCGAUUUCAGUGUCAUGUCUGUAAGAAAAAACUAGAUCUGAAGAAAUGGUUCUACGCCAACGGCCAUUACAGCACAGCUUCACACGUCAAGUGCACGGUAGGAGAUUUCUCAGGGCUGACAGAAGGAACAAUAAUCACGCACUGUCAGUAUGAUCCUGACAGGAUUUGGGAUCCUUACAGCAUUUGGGGCUUCAAAAAUGAUGUGAUCUCGGAAUGCGAUUUCGAAGUGGUUGCCAAUGAUUCAAUCUCCGGGCCUUGCUGCCAUGUGUGUCGCUCUCGUAGCAACAUGUCCUUGAUGCUGAAGACAAGUGACGGCUCUGGUCGGUACAUCUGUUCUUAUGAUUGUCUUAGUGGGUUCCAUCCUGCUAGGGUCUAGUUUCGAACUUCUGCUUCGACUACUUCUCUUAUCAUCCGAGUGGUUAUUGUAGAUUUUGUGUGACUUGUGAUGAGUGUUUAUUGUUUAAGGUUGUGAGAACGAUUGAGAAAUUAAAAAAAAAAAUUGG